UUUACCAACUCACAUAUGUCACCUUCAUUAUAAUCCGUUAUGUCCUUUCAUUUUUCUUCGCAGAUUAUUAGACGGCAGCUGCUGUCCCAAAUAGGGGCACCAGGCCUCAUAAAUAACGCCCAAAACGCAACUCGUCAAUGCCGACCGCGUUUUCCUAGCCAGCUCACCCGAGGCUGUGGCGCACCGUUACAACCGACACGACCAUACAGCGCUGCGACGACCGGUGCAGCAGAAUCUCAAAAGCGAAAAAACCCUCGAUCUCCCGCAGUACAACGUUCGCUGAGGCGAGUUGCGGUCGAAGCUGAACGGUCCAGUGGCGAUGCGUCGCGGGGUCAGAAAUCAUCUGGUGAUAGCCGUGGCCUCAAAAGGAUAACAGCCAUAUGUGUUGCAGAAGAAUUUGCUAUGGACAGCGUUGUACGAAUACUUCGAUCUCAAGGAUACCCGAUUGAUCCACAAGGUACGGGGUUUCUGGAUGACCAAGUCGUACACACCAAAGCUGUCAAUGGUGGAGAUGUAUUCAUAUUUCCUUCGGGGACGAUAGUUGCAUGGUCCUUGCCAGAGGAUCUUGCCAUUAAUUUGGCAACACAAACGUUAGCACCUGCGGCUAUAAACCCACACUUGGAGCAGAUUGAAUUGGAGGAUCUAGAGUACCAAGAAGAUCCCAGUCAAGAAGCGAGCAGCAUCAAGGGAGAGGUUAUCACCUUGGGAACCAAGAAGGAGGCUUUGGAGAAAAAUACCUCGAGUGGCAAGACCUCAACUACAUUGGCACAAAUUGCGUUCUCGUCAGGACUAGCCCGGUCUACGAAGCUCGCAGUUCUUGAAACUUCACUUACCAAAUACCUUGACUCGACACGAACCAUUCCACCUAUACUCUCCCGCGGUGGCCGCUUGCCAUUCAACCAACAAUUUAUCUUACAGAAGACCGGUGCUCUUUUAGAGCUCCGUGCACAGCUCAACCACUACUCGGAACUCACAGACUCGUUGCCAGAUCUAUUCUGGGACAGUCAGCAUGAACUUGGGCUAGAGGGGUACUAUGAUCAGGUGGGACGGGCCCUCGAUGUCAGCGUCCGUAUCAAAAGCUUGAAUGCCAAGAUGGAUUAUGCCCAUGAGAUCGUUAGUGUCUUGAGGGAAACUCUGAGUAAGAACCAUAGCACAUGGUUGGAAUGGAUCAUUAUCGUCCUUAUUGCGGUCGAGGUCGGAUUCGAACUGAAACGCGAAUGGAAGGAGAGGAUGAAGGCUAAAGCUGAAGCUAAGUCGCUGAAGGAUGAAUAAUGCUGUAAAAUCGGGCGUUUUUUGGGGAAGUAUAUCAAUUUCCGGGUGCUACAUGGGCGAACUGGGUUGGGGGGCUUUCUGUAUAAGAUGGAAAACUGAGAGAUGGUGACGGGGUUAACGCCGCAAUACUCUACUUAUAUCUUGGUAUCUGCGAGAUAAUUAUACCCUAAAUGUACAAAUAUAGAUUCCUGAUAAGAUUUCUUCG